UUUGAAGGGGGAGAGGGAAAAGAAAGAGCCAGGGGAAUGUCUAAGGGAGUCUGAGGGAACCGGUGGGCAGGAGAGAGCCUUUGGACGACAGACUGCAGGAAACACUGGUUUAAAAAUACUUCCCCGGUUUCUAGAAAUAGACUCGGCUUUGGACAACUUAAUCCAAAGUUUAAUCAGCGGCUGAUAAGUUUGGAGCGCCUUUUGUUGUGCGCUUUUUGGGUAACUGAAAGUUUGGUGGACAAGACUCCGUAUUGGGAUCAACCAAAACAACAGCAUUAAGGGAACAGUAACAAGACUUAUGAGCAGCGCGGAUAUUUUUUUUUUACACAGUCUGUCUUCUUAAAAAAGGGAACUGAAACGACGGGAUCCGGUUUGCUUUGGUCCCAUCUGUGGAUAAUCACAUUUUCAGUCACAGUGAAACUUUGGAUCUGUGGGCUGCUGAGAUGCGGUGAUGGAGUCCGGCGAUGUUUCCAAGAUGACUGCUCUUCUUAUAAAGCACACUUUCAGAGGUGAUCUCCUCUCAAGAAAAAACAUGAGCGGGUCUAAGUGGUCUGUGUUGAUCCUCGCUCUCAUUUUUUCUGCUUGGAGGCCAGUAACCGCCGGUACACUGACAGAUUUGGAGUUUGAGCGGAGUCCCACUACUGUCAUCUCUUCACUGGGCAAACCCGUUACGAUGCACUGCACCCUGAAGGGUACAGGGGGCGAGGCAGAGGACCCCCCUGAUGUGCUAUGGCUGAGGGACAGUGUGCCUCUUCAAUACGCAGACACCAACCAGUUCCAAGUCCACACUGGCAGCAACAGUUGGACGAUCAUGAGCAUGCUCAGUAUCGAGCAGGUCCAGCUUCCCGACAUGGGCUCCUAUCGAUGCGCUGUGCUAUCAGAAAGCCACCAGACUCUGUCUGAGGAGGGGAGCAUUCAGCUGGAGGGCCUUCCUCAUUUCUCUGUGGAGCCCCAGCACAUGUCUGUAGUGGCCAACAUAUCCCUGAGCCUGAGCUGUGUGGCCCACGGACCUCCAGAGCCAGUCAGGGUCAUCUGGUUGCAGGACGGUGCUCCUCUCAACUCCCUGACGGACCCGGUGGCUCUUUCACCCUCCACACUCAACCUCACAGGUUUGAACAGGACCAGCACCUUUUCUUGUGAGGCCCAUAACCACAAAGGUGUGGCCACAUCUGGAUCUGGUACCAUCACUGUUCUCCCAUCCAGGCCUCAGAAUCUGAGAGCUGUGGAGAUCACUCAGACCAGUCUCCGUUUAUCAUGGCAGCCUGGAUUUGGAGGCGACUACCCGAUAAUCCGUUGCUCUGUUCAGGCCAAACAUUCGGGAGAGUCCUUCACAGCAGGCCCAGAUAAGAUGAUCCACAACCAGAAUGUGAACAUCCCACCAGCCACGCACCUCAUCGGGGACCUGGAGCCCGACAGCCUCUAUGCUGUCAGGGUGGCCUGUCACAGCAGCCAGGGCCCAUCCGACUGGUCGCCCUGGAUGGAGCUACGCACCAAAGAAGGAGUGCCAGAACACCCACCUGUUAACGUGACCGUGGUGCUAAAUGGGACAGAGGUGCUGAUGACGUGGGAGAUGCCUCCAGGAAAGCUGCAUGGAAAACUGCAGGGCUACAGGGUGGAGUACAGCACACCUGCCGCACAGCAGUUUGUUGUCAAUACUGGACUGGACACUGAGCUGUCAAUAAAUCUGUCUGUCCCCCUGUCCAAUGUGUCUUUUCGAGUGUGUGCCUAUACAGGGGCGGGGCAAGGACCCUGGACCCCCACACAGACUCUGACACUUACUCCUGAAAUGGGGGGAUUUAGAGAUCCAUCAUCGCCCCCAGCCUUUUCCUGGCACUGGUGGUAUGUGGUGAUGGCCAUCGCCGGCGCUGUGUCAAUAGCUGUGCUCAUGGCUGUUUACGUGGCCAAGCUGCGGCGCAAGGAGACGCGCUUUGGAGAGGCAUUUGAACCCAUGAUGGAGAGCGGAGAGCUGGUGGUCAGGUACCGCGCUCGCCGCACCUACAGCCGCAGGACUACAGAAGCAACAUUGAACAGCCUGGGCAUCAGCGACGAGCUGAAGCAAAAGCUCCAAGACGUGAUGGUGGACAGACAUAAACUAACCCUGGGAAAGACCCUGGGAGAAGGGGAGUUUGGCUCUGUGAUGGAAGGACUGCUGACUCAGGAGGAGUCUGCUCUCAAAGUUGCUGUCAAGACUAUGAAGAUUGCCAUCUGUACCCGCUCAGAGAUGGAAGAUUUUCUCCGUGAGGCUGCCUGCAUGAAAGAGUUUGAUCACCCCAAUGUCAUGAGGCUUCUAGGUGUGUGUCUGCAGACUGUGGAGAGUGAAGGUUACCCCUCCCCUGUGGUCAUCCUGCCCUAUAUGAAACAUGGAGACCUGCACAGCUAUCUGCUAUAUUCUAGGCUGGGAGACUGCCCUGUGUACCUCCCAUCUCAAAUGCUGGUAAAGUUUAUGACUGAUAUUGCCCGAGGGAUGGAGUACCUCAGCAGCAAGAACUUCAUCCACAGAGACCUUGCAGCUCGCAACUGCAUGCUGAAUGAGAACAUGAAUGUAUGUGUGGCCGACUUUGGCCUCUCCAAGAAGAUCUACAAUGGAGACUACUACAGGCAGGGGCGGAUCUCAAAGAUGCCUGUCAAAUGGAUCGCUAUCGAAAGCUUGGCUGAUCGCGUCUACACCACCAAGAGUGAUGUGUGGUCGUUUGGAGUCACCAUGUGGGAGAUCGCCACGCGGGGCCAGACUCCGUACCCUGGGGUCGAAAACAGUGAGAUUUAUGAUUACUUGAGACAGGGAAACCGUCUCAAACAGCCUCCAGACUGUCUGGACUGCAUCUAUGCCCUGAUGUUCUCCUGCUGGCUGCUGAGCCCAAAGGAUCGCCCAUCAUUUGAGUCCCUGUGCUGCGAGCUGGAAAAGGCCCUUGAGGAUCUGCCGGAUACCCAGGACCCAGACGAGAUCUUGUACGUCAACAUGGAUGAGUCCUCCAUGGAGCUUGGGGCUGUCGGUGGCCGUGACCCCAUUGGGGUGCCGUCCCCUCUCUGCCUGAAGGGCCUGGACUCUGUGACCACAGUGGAGGUCCACCAUCCCAACCGCUACGUCCUCUGUCCCCAACACGAAACCAACCGAGCCCUCUCUGACUCCCUGGAGAGCCUGGACAUGCCAGUGUCGUCCUCCACAGCCACGCUGCCUCUACAGCCAUCCUGCCACUCCACUCCCAACCCCACCCCAGCUCCCACACCGACUGUCGAGCUGCUGGAGGACAGGGAAGGAUCCAGGAAAAUGCCCUGGCAGUGAUAGCGUCACUCUUAAAAAAUGACAAAACUCGUCACUGCCAAAGUGUGCCAUCCUUUCACCCCAGUCCAAGAACGAGAUCCAGCCUCUUGCUACUGACUGUAAGAGACCUCAUGUGUUCCUACAUACAUAUUUUGCACAAAUACACUCACACACACACACACACACACACACACCCGAAGGCAUUCCAAGGAAGUGAAGGAUUGGGAUUAUUUCCUUUGUCAACCCCCUCUCUUCUAAAAUGAGCACAUUUCCAAGUGAGUGUAAAAGUUCAUGUGGGUAGGUGUAGCAGGAGGAACACUGUUACCAGCGAUAGACAGUGGGUCUUUAGAGCACAUGUUGUUGCCCACAUACCGUACACUGCAGCACAAUCAGAGAAAUGAAUUCCCAGUUGCUAAAGCAAUAAAAUGCCAACUACCUGUAUACAGCAGAGUGAUCUCCUUCACGUGAUAAAGCUACAAAAAAUCAAACUCUGUGAAACCAGCUCAGACACUGCCAGACUGAAUCUGCAACCAACCAAACUCAGGAGCUUGAACUUUCCAGUGAGUAAGUGCUAACAUGGAGGACUCACACCAGCUGAGGAAACUGUUCCUGUGAUGGAGAAACCUCACCCAUCUGAACCCCUGCUCCUGUGUAACUCAGAGCAAAAAUAACUUUGAACAGAAGAAGCAUCAGUGUCUCUUUCACUGAACGUAUCAUCUGGUGAAGAUGGUUAUAUUUAUACAGAUUUAUGAAGGACAAUGAGAAGAUUUUCAGGCUAAAAUUAAUAACGCUGUUGUUGUUGGGCUUCUUUUUUUGUUUUGUUUUUUGUUUGAGCACCGUAAUGUUUCUACUUUGAGCUGUGGUUUUUGACAGGUGUCGUAAUUCCAACGAUGGUAGAAUUUUCUCUCCCCACAGAAAAUCAUGUAAUCCUUAAACUGUAGUGACCAUACCUGAAGUUAGAAGACUUUUACCCAAUAGCAACAGAAUGAAAUAUCUGUGAUCGCGACAACUGAAGAAUUAAACGAGAUAACCAAAAUUUGCAAAGAAAAUAAAAUUUCACUGCAGGCUUUAGAGACUUUCACGUGAAGCUGUUUGGAAUGAGGACCCUCCAUCUUAUUAAUCAAAACCUACAGUAGUUUGUAUGAUAGCCUAAUGUAGCAUUCUAACAACCCCUGCAUCUUCGCCAGGGGUUGUACUGCUAAUUGUGCAUUAAACACCGUGAGCCAUUUACAGUUAACACAUGGCAACUCUUUCCUCACUGACAGGUGAGACACCUGUGCAAGUCCUGAUUCAACUAGUCCACACAUUUUUGUCAUAACUCAGGAAUCUGAGACUUUGCUCAACAGGGACAGAGGUACUGGUCAAAUCAAGAGGGUACAAAUAAUCAGAGGUAGGUGGAUGGAGUGAGGGUAGGUACGGACAUGAUGGAGUUACCCAAGGCAAAUGGUGGGAUAAGCUCCUCACCUUUGCUUUUGGCUCAAGCACAGUGUUGUUACACAUUUUGUAAAAAAAAAAAAAAAAAUGUAUGCUGAUUUUUCUAUUUCUACAACUUUGCACUAAUGUUUUUAUAUCAAUGUAUGUUUGUUUAUAAUUUGUAUAUCUUUUACGCUUUUUCAUUUUGUGUUGUAAUUACUUUCUGGAUAUUCUCAGUAAUCCUGUAGACACCUCUCAUGAAAUCAGUUCACAUGUAACAAUUUGCAUAUUCAUAAAGGCAGAGAACAAAGCCUGAGAAAGCAUUGCAGGGUGUUAAACUCCAUUCAAAGUUGAGUGUUUUCCAUAAAUAAGCAAAGACUGGGAGACUGGGAAACAUGACUAACCUCAUCAUCUGACAUCAUCCUGCCACUCUCUUAUUCUGGGAUAUUUUUGUUUCUCGAGGUUUAGCACUGUAAAUAGAAGUCUGUUACCAGUAGAGUCGAAGAGGAGGAGACUGAAAGCAGCCGCUGAAAACCGAAUGGAAGUGUGGUCAUCCAAACUUCUGCUUUGAGGAAAUUCACCAGCUGAAACUUCGCAUGAUGCAUGCACUUAUUUUAUACAUACUGUAUAUAUAUAUAUAUAUAUAUAUUUGCUUUAGUUCAUAAUUUUAUCAUUGGAAUGGACUAUAUUCCAAAACACAUUUUGAAAGAACAUUUGUUUAAAUGAGAUGCUGUGUUUCUCUGUUGUAUUCAUCAAAGGUACUUGUAUGAAACAGUAUACAAUGAUAUUUUAUACCUGUAGCAUUACUGAAAUUCCUUGUUAAGAUAAAGUGUGCAUUUCUUGCUAUACCUUUGGUACUGUAUACUCAGUGAGUGGUAGUCCUACAUUGUUUGUGAACUACAGAGCGCAGUGCUGAGACUGAGCACUGGUCUAAUUUGGUCUGUACAAAUAUGUCACCAAUAUGAAUGCAGAUACACCGUCUGUAUUAUACCAACCAGUGGGUUUGGAACAUUUUGGCCUUUCAAAGUGUCUUUGAACGAUCUUCCAGGUGGACUCCAGCAAAAACUGAAACUCCUUCUUCAUGACUACAGUCCGUUCACCCCUAAAUCUCAUAAUUUCACAACUUUACCUUCAGUGCCUUCAGAGAGCUAGUAUUUUGCAUUACAGCAGAUCUUGUGUGUGGAUUGUGAAUGUCCUGGUGUGUUGAAUUGGGAGAAGACUGUACUAUAAUUGCCUUUAUAUUGUCACUGUCAUGAUUUGUAAACACAUUUUUUACAGUACCUACAGUAUUUUGUAUACAAAAUAAAUGUGUUCAUCAUGAAUGAGCUCUCUUCCUGA